ACCAGGGAAGCCCACCACUAUCAUUCUUAACAAUAUGCUUAAAGCGUGGUAGGGUGUUGGAGUGGACAUCUGUGCAGGGCGGGCAGCCCGGCCAGGCCCUCCAAGGAGCCCCUGCAGUCCAGAUUGUUGCCCAAGAUGCAUCCUUGGCUUAGUUCUGGCUUUGUCGGCAGUGUCCUGGUUAUCCUUCGGAGGUAUUUUAUGCAUGAGAAGACAUCACACCCAUACUGACUGCCCAGGACCUGAGAAGAAAGCUCACCCUCCUCUUUGUCCUCACUCUCUGCUUUAUUUAGUGUCUGGCUUCUAGCAAGUUCCUUCUCAGAUUUUCCAGGAAACUUGAAAAGGCUCCAGAUGGCAAAAGGAAAGACAGCAUGUGUGCCGGCCAGGUUGGGUCACGAGACCCACUGUCAAAGCAGGAAGGAGGAACAGGAAGGGAGGAGGGAGAGGAAUUACUGAAAACGAGUUAUUUUCAACACACAGCCCAGCUCCUGCAGAAAGAGACCAAGAUGAACGCAGAGCCCAAGAGGAAGUUUGGCGUGGUGGUGGUUGGCGUCGGCAGAGCUGGCUCCGUGCGGAUCCGGGACUUGCGGAAUCCACACGCUUCCUCGGCGUACCUGAACCUGAUUGGCUUCGUGUCCAGACGAGAGCUGGGGAGCGCUGAUGGGGUGCCGCAGAUGUCUUUGGAAGAUGCUCUUUCCAGUCAAGAGGUUGAGGUUGCUUAUAUCUGCAGUGAGAGCUCCAGCCACGAGGACUACAUCAGGCAGUUCCUAAACGCUGGCAAGCAUGUCCUUGUGGAAUAUCCCAUGACGCUGUCUUGGGCAGCAGCUAAGGAGCUGUGGGCACUGGCUGAGCAGAAAGGGAAAGUCUUGCACGAGGAGCACGUUGAACUCUUGAUGGAAGAGUUUGCAUUCCUGAAAAAAGAAGUGGUGGGCAAGGACCUGCUAAAAGGGUCUCUCCUCUUCACAGCUGGCCCACUGGAAGAAGAGCGGUUCGGCUUCCCUGCAUUCAGCGGCAUCUCUCGCCUGACCUGGCUGGUCUCCCUCUUUGGGGAGCUUUCUCUCGUGUCCGCCACUUUGGAAGAGCGAAAAGAAGAUCAGUAUAUGAAGAUGACCGUGUGCUUGGAGACGGAGAACAGGAGCCCGUUGACGUGGAUUGAAGAGAAGGCGCCUGGCCUAAAGCGAAACAGACAUUUAAGCUUCCAUUUCAAGUCCGGGUCCCUGGAGAAUAUGCCCAACGUCGGCACCAAUAAGAAUAUUUUCCUGAAGGAUCAAAAUCUAUUUGUCCAGAAACUCCUGGGCCAGUUCUCUGAAGAGGAGCUGGCUGCCGAGAAGAAACGCAUCCUGCACUGCCUGUGGCUGGCGGGAGAGAUCCAGAAACACUGCCGCUCGAAGAAGUGAAGGGAGGGAGAAACACGGCCCUGCCCAGAGGAGACCCGAGCCUGAUUUUUAUCAAGAGUUGACCUUUACCUCUGCUCUUACCAUUAAACGUGUCUUGGG